AUGCGUCGAAACUCCUCCCUCCAGGACGUUCGCGCCUUCGUCAAGCACUUUCCCGAGCAUCUGAGCUGGCGCGCGCAGCGCGAGUCGUUCGCGCACGAGGCGAUGCAGUACGCGCUGUGGAUCCCGUUCGCGAUCGGGGCGUACGCGAUGCACCUGCGCACGCUUUCGUACUUGUUCGCGACGUGGUUCGUACUGGGUGAGAUGAUGCUGGUGUACACGCACGAGGCGCACCGGAAAGUCCUUCGCGGACUGCGCUGGUGGCACAUCGCGAUCGGCAUCGGCGCGGGCGUGCUGUACCGAGGCGCGCCGCUGGUGGGGACGUUCGGACGGUUCGUCGUGGAUUACGUGUUUUGGGGAGUGAUAGCCAUGGCGUGCGUGUUUCCGUUGGUGCCGAAGACGUUUCGCGCGGACGUGCCGGAUUUGGUGUACAUGUUGGGAUUCUUGCGGAAACCGACGGAGGGGCGCAAGAGCGCGUAG